UAUGUUAUAUUACAUUUUGUCUGGAUAGCAUCCUUGGAGGCUAACCAGAAGGAUUACCCAUUCGGAGACAUAGUGAACAGUCCAACUGCAAACGAUCGUAUUAUUCAGGAUCUCAUUAAGCGUGUGGAGGUUCUCGAAGCACGUGACAGGAGUCAUGUACAAGUCCUCGAACAACUGGAAAGAAGCCAUAAAAAAGAAAUUGAUGAACUUAAGCAAGAGCUUACCAAUCAAAAGGAUGAAAUCAAAAUUUUACGCAAGAAGAGCAUCGGACAAGAUCGUAUGAUAUCCAGAUUAAUGCGGCAUAUGAAAGUACCUGCUGGGUCGUCUGCUCCAGAUUCUGAAGACAUCGGGGACAAGGUUCAGCAAAUAUCUGUUGAAAGUAAAGUCAACAGAAUUCGACGAGGCGAAAAUGAAGUGGCGGUUGCGUUCACAGCUGGCCUAACACAUACGUUCUCUCAUGCCGGCGCACACCAAAACAUAGUAUUCGAUCACGUGGAAACUAACACAGGAAACGGCUAUAAUCCACAUCAUGGAGUGUUCACUGCACCAGUUUCAGGACUAUAUUUGUUCUACACAUCCGUGCUGGCUGAUCACAACCGCAUAAUUUGGUGCCAAAUUGUCAUCAAUGGGAAGAAUAAAGCCAGCGCGUACGCACGUGGGACAGAUGGUCGACACGAUCAAGGAAGCCAAGCAAUAAUUGUUCAGCUUCAACAAGGAGAUGAUGUCGCUGUUCAGAAUCUUGACGCUGAUGAUUCCAUUUACGGUGACCAGUACAUCUAUUCAACUUUUUCUGGAUUUCUUCUACAGCAAGAUUUUUCUCAGUCUGGCAGUAUUGUUGGAUGAAUUGAAAUGAAAUGUCUGAAAUUACCACGAUACGUGCUUGUUUCAACAACUUCGUUUUUCUUAACGUGAUCUUUUUAACGUCGCACCGACACAACCCUAGGUCAUAUGGCGACUUUCCAGCUUUGGUGGUGGAGGAAGAUCCCAGGUGCCUCUCUGUGCAUUGUUUUAUCACGAGCGGACAGCUGGGUAGAACCACCGACCUUCCGUAAGCCAGCUGGAUGGCUUCCUCAUAUGAAGAGUUCAACGCCCCGAGUGAGGCUCGAACCCACAUCAAUGAGGGGCAAGUGAUUUGAAGUCAGCGACCUUAACCACUUGGCCAUGGAGGCCCCGUUAAAGUGAUCUGUUUAUGAGGUUAAGGUUAAGUAAUUCAAUAUAAAUCGAAUAUGUUAAAACAAAUUUUAACAGCGUAAAUAAAUAGGAAAAUAAUAAAGAAUAUGCCAUUUUACAUUAAGGUAACGAAAGUGUUACUGGAAUAAUUCCCCAGAAUAGAGUUAAGCUAUUGAGUUUCAAUGUAAACGAAAACACCAAAGUAUCUUCUGAUGAUGUGAAAGUCUUAAAGAAAUCAACUGGCGACUCCGUCGGAAAUAACGUCAGAAAAACGACUGCAGCUUUAUCAUAUUCCUUAUGCAACAAGAUAUCAUGAUUUCUAUUGAAGUAUUUCAAUAUACGCCUACAUAGAUUAGGUAAAAAAUGUAACGAUCUUUAUUCAAAUGAUAAUAGUACUGUAAAAUUGUUCAAUUCAUGAUGUAAAGAAUUAAACUAUAUUUUAUUGCUUUGUAUGAAAAAAAAAAUCAUCUAGAAUCCGAACUGUAUCAGAUUAUGAUUAAGAAAGUUGUAAAAAUGGGUUCAUAGCUUUAUUUUUAAAAACUAAUAGUUGACCAUGAAGUUAUUUUUUACGCCGACA